AUGAUUAAUUUAGAAAAUCAAUUGAAGGAAAUACAACCGGAUUUUGAAGCCGAUAUGAUACCCAUAUCAUUUAUUAUUGUCAAUUGUGAAAAUACUUAUUUUGCUAAAUCAUCAAUCACAAUUAAUGAAAUGCUAGGCAGUGAAUCUCUUCGACAACGUAUUACUAAAGAAUGUGAAAAAGUUGGUAUUGAUUCAACAUUACUUGAUGAACCAUCAAUAACACCAAUUAUUAAUUCUUCACGUACUAUCCAACAAUGGAUAGAUGUUAAUAGUUCAAAAUCUACUUAUAUUAUUUAUAAAUAUAAAAGUGAUUUAUGUAAAAGUCAGAUUGAACAACAAAAUAAAGAAAAAGAUAUUAAUCAAUCACAAUCAUCAAUUACUAUUGAACCAAUUGAUUCUAUGUCAAAUUUAAGACAAAUAAAUAAACAACAAAAACUUCAAAUUGAUGAAUUAUUAUCGUCGAUGAAAAAGAUUAAUGAGAGAAUUGAAAAACAAGAUGUAAAAAUUGAAAAACCAGAUGCUAAAGUUGCACAACAAGAUGCUAAAAUUGCACAACAAGAUGCAAAAAUUGCAGAACGAGAUGCUAAAAUUGCAGAACAAGAUGCUAAAAUUGCAGAACAAGAUUCUCAAAUUGUAGAACAAAAUUCUCAAAUAAAAGUAUUAAAAUUAAAUAUUCAUUCAUUAUUUAUUGCAAUUAAACCAUUAGCUAAUUUAAAUAAAAGAAUAUUAAUAGAAAAUUUUCGAUUGUAUUUAGUGGGUGUGGUGUGGGUGUGAGUGUGGGUGUGGGUGUGGAUGUGGGUGUGGGUGUGGGGGUGGGUGUGGGUGCACCUGUGGCUGCACCCCCGCGCCGACCUCCGCCCGCCACCCCCCACACCCA